AUGGACUUCGCCAACAUGUUCGCGGCCACGCCCGAAACCCUGUUCAAGCCUGCGGAUAACACCUCUGGCUUCUUCUUUGCCGACGAGGGUAUCGAUACCACGACCUCGUCGUUCAUCGACCCCCUCGCACUGGGCACUCCCCACCAGGGCGCAUUCGAUAUGCCCAUCCAUAACACUGCGGGCUACUUCCCACCUACCCCCACACCACACUUCCUCGAUGCUAUGCCCACACAUUUCAAUGCCUUUGGCAAGCGCCCAUUGCAGCUUGAAGCCGAUGACUUCCCCCAGUCGAAGCGCCAAGCAAGUCAAGACUUCCCUCUGUUUCCCACACCACCCGCAACCACAACCUCUAGCUGGGGCCUGGAGCCGACCCCGCCAUCUACAGCAGUAGAGGGUCUCUCAGACGAAGCCGCUGAUGUAUGCGCGACAUGGUUCACCAAGUACAAUGUGCUCCCUGGUGACCGGCAUAUCGACUCGCUCAGCCAGCUUACUGGCGAGCCGGCUGAUGCUAUCCGCAGCUGGUUCGGCCAGCUGUUGAAGCAGGGCAUGGGAAAGGGGGGCCUGGGGGAUUCCGCUUACAAGUCCCAAACCUCACACAUGCUGCAGCAAGAGUCGUUCUGGAACGACCACACUUACCAGACACAGCUCCUGCAGGCUUCGCCGCCUCAGCCACUACAGCUGUUACCCGAAGACACCACUCCGGAAGUCUCUUUCAGCUGUGAGAACACUGCUAUAGCCCUUCAGCUAGUCGCCCCCACAAGAGGCUGCAAGAAGCGUUGCACGCCUACCGAUGACCUAGAGUUGCUCAGCAGGGACCCUAGAAAGAUCUACCAGUGUACGAGGAAGUGCGGUAAGCGCUAUGGACGCAAGAAUGACUGGAAGAGAAAGGAGGAAGAAGGCUACCCAUGCAAGUCAUGGGUCUGCAGCCUGUGCAUCAGUGAGGGCGUGGAGAACGUCAAGCCAUGCUACCGCAAGUACCAUUUCGUGCAACACUUCCGGAAUAUCCAUGCCAAUGUGGACCCCGAUGAAUACGAGGAGACAAGCGUAGUGUACUCGGAGACGGAGUUCCCAAGAAAAUGUGGCUUCUGUCGCCACCGCUUCGCAUCGAGACAGGAGCGAAUUGACCACAUUGCAGACCACUUCAAGCAGGGCAAGUGCAUGCUUGACUGGCGUGACGACGACGAAAACAAUGACGACGAUGAUUCCACCGACGACGACAACGACGACCGUCCAAGUGGGGAUGGCUUUGACGGAACGCACCAUCUCGGCAAAGACACAUCCCAGACUCCAGAUGUCAGCUGUCUGCUUGCGAGUGAGGCCUUCAAAUACUUCGGGUGCAGCAUAUUGGCGCGUCCAUGGCCUGAAUUGAUCGUCGGAUAG